UGAAUGUUGAAAACUCUAAGCCAAAAUGAAAAGCUUAUACUUGAUUGGACUCUUGCUGGUCUUGGCACUGGCCUACUCCAAGGCCGACAAGCAAAUGAUCCGGAACGCGGCCCAGGCCUGCAAGGCCAGUGAGGGAGCCUCCGACGAGGAUGUGGACGCGUUGGCCGAAGGACGCAUGCCGGAAACGCAAACCGCAAAGUGUCUGUUCUCGUGCGUUCAGGUGCAGUUCGGGUUGUCCGACGGAAAGAAGUUCCUGAAGGAGGGCUUCCUGAAGCACAGUGAGGCGAUCGUGGGUCCGGGCGAGGAAAACCGCCGCAAAGCGGAAGAAAUUGCCGCUGAGUGCGAGAAGAUUACCAACGAGGACCGGUGCCAGCUGGGCGCGGACAUUGCCGAAUGUAUCAAGCAGGGCAUGGAGAAGUGCGAGUCGAAGGAUGAUUGAGGAAUUUGCGGUCUAAAUAAAUUGAUUUUGAUGAGUUGCAGUGAAA